CCUUUAAACUCAGGUCAGCAGCAUCAGUCCAGCAGAAAGCAGAGGUUUGCUCUGACGGGUUCUGCUCACCCAUCUGGACCUCUGCCUGCUCCUCAAACAUCUCAACAGUUUGAUCCUCAGACAAGAAGAAGUUCCAGCUGGCAGAGAAUCAAACCAUCAGAGCAGCAGUGAUGGCGUCCCAACGCUGGAUUAGCUUGGUCCUGUUAGCUUCACUGAUCUUUCUCUUCUGCUGGACAACCGUCUCUGCUUUGUCUCUUGGUGAUCUGCCAAAUGUCCCCUCGUCUCAGUACAGAGUUAAACGAGACAUGGCAGCCAGCACUAGAGAGCAGGUGCAAGCAUCUACAGAAGUAGUCAAAGCUUCUCUGACUACCAUCAUAGAAGUGAUGCAAAACCUUGAUGUUAAGAAAGUCAAAGAUAUAAUGGCCAGUUUCUCGAAGAUCGCCAGCCUAGCACCCGGCAUUGGAACUCUAGCGGCGUCCGUUCUCAACAUGGUCUUAGCUUUUAUCCCCCAGGAAGACCUGGUGCUGAAGGAGGUAAAGAAAGGGUUUGCUGAGGUGAACCGGAAGCUGGACCUUCUCUCCAUCCAGAUCUCCAACUUGGCAACUGAUGUUGAAUGGUUCAACUACGCCAGCAUCUACUCUAGAGAUGAAGUCGCCAUCCUCAACGCCUGGGAUAAGUUAAAUGAUCUUCGUCAGAACAGUAACUUGGUGUCAAGUGAUGAAGAAAGACUCAGACUGGCUGAAAUAUUUGCCAACUACUAUGAAAGUUCAGGAGCUGAGUCCAGUGUGUCCAAUCUUUACCGCUACCUGACAGUGGACAGCACGUCUCUGAGCGAAAACCUCAACAAUUUGCUGAAGAAGAAGUUUAAAUGUGACAUUAAAGAGAUCGGUAGGUAUAACUUGUACUUCAGUGGCUUGUUGUGGAAGGGGAUGUUUGUCAACCAGUUCUACUGGAAGCUGAUGGGUUUCAACACAGUGAACAAAGAAGCUGAACAUGUAGAGAUGUUCACAAAGGUUUAUGAAGCUCAGUAUGCAGCCAUAGACUUCUGCUUGCAGAACUAUACAGAUUACAUGAAGAAAGAUGUGGAGGAGACCGCCAAAGGACUAAGCGCUGAUGACAAAAUGGCCGUUGCUCUUAAGGUGAAAACAUUUCUGGACAAGAAGUAUCACUGGUACAACUGGGUGGUGGUGGUAUACAACAAGGCAGACAAGAACAAUCAUAUUGUGUUUGAUGUAGCUGAGAUUGAAGCAGGUGAAAUCAUUGUGCUUGUGAGCCACACUCCCCAUGCUUCUCUGUCAGACGAAACGUAUAUUAGGGAAACUGCAGAAACAUGUUUCAGCAAUAAAUACUGCACAGAAAUCAAAAUAAACCAAUGUGUGGAACGCUAUGGAGCCACCUUUCCUGUAUUCACUGAAUAUGCCAAGGUAACACAUGUGACCUACAAUGAGGACUUUGCAGAGGUCCCAACGCCUCUGCAUCGGGUGGGAUGCUCUUGGUCUACUGGUGGUGGAAGGAUUUCCAUACAUUUCUCCAGGACGUUGCCCACCUGCACAGAUUAUCUAUGUCACAUCAACGGACGGUGCGGCAGACUCCUGGACUCAAACGAAUGGGUUUGUCGAUGUCCCGCUGGAUUCUAUGGAGAAUAUUGUGAGCAGCGCAUCGACAAAAGCGUAAUCCCGAAACCGGACGCCAUCUUUCCCCCCAUCAAAACUGUACAGGACAGGCUGAAAAUCCUGGAGAAUGGCCUGAAAGAACUCAGAUGUCACAAUUCUUAGAAGAUUUUUUACAGAACCCUGAAAGAGGAAACCAUGGUUCGAUAGAAUAACAGCGCAUCCCACUGUGAUUCAAUAAAUCACCACCAGAUGGCGCCAAAGUUGAGUCCUGCCUGUUGGAAUAAAGUCAGGUUUCAGAUUAUGUUACUGAAUAAAUGACUGCUUAUUCUGAAUAAAAAUACAAUUAAAUGCAAACAUUUAAGUUAAA